UACACCUUGGUUUCUUCUUCCGGGUUAGUUCGCUGUUCGGCAUGCCUGUUUAUGUGUGUGCCCAUAUAACGUGUGUAGCUAGAAAUUGGAAAUCACGAUGAGUUCUCGGAAGGCCAAUGGCUCUCGGUCGAGAGGCCAGAAGUAUCAAAACACCGUCGCGUUUAAAAACGACAAGUACGGAGCGUCUGUACAAGUGAAGAAGGCGAAAUCAAAGAUCCAUGAUGGACUUUGUCAGCACUGUAAAAACGUUCUCGAGUGGAAAGUCAAGUACAACAAGUACAAGUCAUUAACACAGCCCCGAAAAUGUGUGAAAUGUUCUCAAAAGACAGUGAAGGAUGCGUAUCACGUGAUUUGUAAGCCCUGUUCUCUUCAGCUGGAGAUCUGCUGCAAGUGUGGGCAGAAAGAAGAAAUCGUUAUUCCGGUGAACUUAAAAUCAGACAAAACAGAAGAAAAUGAAGAUGGUGAACAGAAAAACCUGAGACGUGGGCGAAGUAAAAAGCAAACGGGGGACUUGGACACUGAUGACGAUUAUGAUGAUGAUGAUGAUGAUGAUGAUGAUGCUGAAAUAGAAGAUGAGGAUGACGAAGGCUCUGACUCAGGACCAAAGAAGACACAGGACAAUUCAGAUUCUCUCCCAGAUGUUUGCAGAGUUAAUUUAAAAGACUGAAGACUGUUAUGGACUAUUAGGUAAACGCAGUGCAAAAGGAGGGACCGCUCAUCCUUCACUUCUAAGCAUCCCUUAGAAUUGCAGCAAAUCCUGCUCUAUGUCUGGAUGUAUUGAUUAUAAUGGUGCUGUCACAGAUGUUUAGCUGCACUGACACCCAGUCACUGAUGCUGAAAUGGGUUGUCCCUCGCCUUUUUAGCCCACAUUAUGGUGGUUUAAAAAUUAUACUUCUCAGACCAUGGGACAGUUUUUCAUUCAGUCUAUGACAGUCUGGGGCGGAUUCAUUUUCUAGAUCUUGUUCAUGCUCUAUAUGCAAUAUUUUUGCAUAGUCUUUUAUUGCAUUUGUAGAUGCAAGAGCCAACCAUGUUCGCAAAUAGCAUUCUGUCAGACUUUAAGGAGCCGAUGCCUUGAUUUUCACAACAGAAUCGUGUCUGUUUUUGAUACGGUGUUGCCUGGAGACCUGAAGAUCACCAUGCUAAACGAAGAUGAUUAAAUGCCUACGUUUAUGCUGCUUUACAUCAAUAAAUAUAAUUUUUACGUUGAA